ACAAUCCACGCGUCCAAACAAAACGGCCCAGAAAUAUUUUUAAUACAGUUUGCCACUUCUCCUUUUCGCUCAAAAUUUUACAGUUUCAGAGCUGGUCUCUAGCCUAGCCGUUACCAAACUCCUAAAUCUCCCUUUCUCUCUCUAUCAGAUAUAAGGAACUGCCACUUGGAGUUCAAAAGAUGCCUGCACAGAAAAUUGAGACAGGCCAUGAGGACACAGUCCAUGAUGUUGCCAUGGAUUAUUAUGGAAAACGUUUGGCAACUGCCUCAUCUGAUACUACCAUUAAGAUCAUUGGUAUAACCAGCUCAGGUUCACAGCAACUUGCUGUUCUACAUGGCCAUAAAGGACCCGUUUGGGAGGUUGCUUGGGCACAUCCCAAGUUUGGUUCAGUGCUUGCAUCCUGUUCUUACGAUGGCCAGGUGAUAAUCUGGAAGGAAGGUAAUCCAAAUGAGUGGCUUCAGGCUCAUGUUUUUAAUGAUCAUAAGUCAUCCGUGAACUCCAUUGCAUGGGCACCCCAUGAAAUUGGCCUCUGUUUGGCUUGUGGAUCUUCUGAUGGGAAUAUCUCGAUCUUCACUGCUAGGGCUGAUGGUGGUUGGGAUACCACCAGGAUAGACCAAGCUCACCCUGUUGGAGUAACCUCAGUUUCAUGGGCACCAUCAACAGCACCAGGUGCUUUAGUUGGAUCUGGUCUACUGGAUCCUGUUCAGAAGCUUGCAUCUGGUGGGUGUGACAAUACUGUGAAAGUAUGGAAGCUGUCUAAUGGUACUUGGAAGAUGGACUGCUUCCCUGCCCUCCAUAUGCACAAUGAUUGGGUGAGGGAUGUUGCUUGGGCACCCAGCUUGGGCCUUCCUAAAUCCACCAUUGCAAGUGCUUCUCAGGAUGGGAAAGUUGUUAUUUGGACUUGUGCUAAAGAAGGAGAACAAUGGGAGGGUAAGAUUUUGAAGGAUUUCAAGACCCCAGUUUGGAGGGUCUCAUGGUCGCUGACCGGAAACUUGUUGUCUGUUGCCGAUGGGAAUAACAACGUAACUUUAUGGAAAGAAGCAGUUGAUGGUGAAUGGCAACAAGUUAGUACUGUUGAGCCAUGAAGUUCUGAGUUUUUCUUUUUCAUCUCUCUACAGUCAUUUUAACUUCUUUUUAUUCUUGUCAGCUUCAAGUUCCUCAGUCUGUUAUCACUAUUUUCUAAUUGAUUUUUGUUUGAAUA